UUGUUAGUGUAAAGAACUGGGGGCAGGUGGCAGCACAUGGUUGUCAACACAGCAGUAGGAGGUGAAGCUGUAGCAGGUCAACACAGCAGUAGGAGGUGAAGCUGUAGCAGGUCAACACAGCAGUAAGAAGUGAAGCUGUAGCAGGUCAACACAGCAGUAGGAGGGGAAGCUGUAGCAGGUCAACACAGCAGUAAGAGGUGAAGCUGUAGCAGGUCAACACAGCAGUAGGAGGGGAAGCUGUAGCAGGUCAACACAGCAGUAGGAGGGGAAGCUGUAGCAGGUCAACACAGCAGUAAGAGGGAAGCUGUAGCAGGUCAACACAGCAGUAGGAGGGGAAGCUGUAGCAGGUCAACACAGCAGUAAGAGGGAAGCUGUAGCAGGUCAACACAGCAGUAGGAGGGGAAGCUGUAGCAGGUCAACACAGCAGUAGGAGGGGAAGCUGUAGCAGGUCAACACACGGCAGUAGGAGGGGAAGCUGUAGCAGGUCAACACGGCAGUAAGAGUGAAGCUGUAGCAGGUCAACACGGCAGUAGGAGGGGAAGCUGUAGCAGGUCAACACGGCAGUAGGAGGUGAAGCUGUAGCAGGUCAACACGGCAGUAGGAGGCAGUUGUCAUCAUGAAACUCCACUUCCUGGGCACAGGUUCAAGCUAUCCUACGACAAGACGAGGUGUGUCGGCUACAGCGCUACAGCAUGAUGAUGGUUGUGUGUGGCUGUUCGACUGUGGUGAAGGAACCCAGAUUCAGGCACAGAAAGUGGCUGUAUCAAGACAAAAAAUUAACAAAAUAUUUAUAACUCACCUCCAUGGGGAUCACAUAUUUGGUCUGCCAGGUCUGCUCUGUACCAUCUCCUCACAGAUGGGUCUAGUAGAGGAACAAGUCAAAAAGAAAGGACCUCCUAUCAUAGAAAUUUUUGGUCCUUUUGGAAUCAGCAGAUUUAUCACCACCGCUCUUACCUUGUCCCAAUCUCCUCUGCUCUACCAGUUUCGGGUACAUGAGCUGGUGCCAGAGGAGGUUCAACAUACACAGGGCGGUGAGGACUUCCGAGUUGACAUUUGCUCAGAAACAACGUGUCACCCCAGUCAGCUGCCAGGAACCCACAUACGAGCAACAAGUGACACCAUCGGCAACUUUCACUGGCAGCUUAUAGACGACGAAAGAUGGUGUGUGUCGGCCGGUUGGAUACAUCACCGCGUGCCCACCUUUGGCUAUGUCAUCAAGGAGAAGGAUAGACCAGGCACCCUUGACACAAACAAGCUAUUGUCUCUUGGCAUAAAACCAGGACCAGUAUAUGGCCAACUGAAGGGAGGCAAGUCAGUGACAACAGAGAAUGGAGAGAGAGUCACUCCUGAAAUGGUUGUUGGUCCUGCCAUCCCAGGUAGGACGGUGGUGAUCCUGGGAGACACCAGCGACGCCUCUCCUCUAGCACAUCUUGUCGAAAGUUGUGAUGUUGUCGUCCAUGAAGCAACACAUGAUGACACCCUUAAGGAUAAGGCCUUGGAGUUUGGACACUCAACACCAUCUCAAGCUGUACACUUUGCUAAAACAAUUUCUGCCAAAACUCUCUUGUUGAAUCACUUUUCACAGAGAUAUUUACCAACUUGUAAAGAGGCAACCAAGAAUGAAGAGAGCAUAGCUUUACUAGAGGAACAGGCCCUUACUGCUGCAGAGGGUACAACACUCCACGUACAGUGUACCGAUGACUUGUUUGUGUACGACAUGCCAUCACAUCCACGACAUAAUGUCCAAACCUAAAGUUUUCUCGUCAGAUUUAAACCUGUUAACAAUACAGUAAUAAAGCCAUGUGCCUUCA